UAUUGCCCCUAUUUCCUGUCACAUGGGUUGGAAACAGGAUCCCUGUUUUCUACUAUCUGGUCCCGUCUUUGUGGUGUCAGUGUUGUAGGAGCUGUUGGACCUGCCUUGAAGUUCAGGGACUUUAAACGCGAGCUGAGGAGCGACUCCUGCACAGACCCGGACAGUCAGUCAGCCAGUCAGUCAGUCACUGAGUCCACCACCCCGCCGCUGAUCUGCGCAUCAGUCCGUCCGUCAGGCUGCACUUCACCUGAGAGCCACCUCAGACCUUUAAAUCACACGAUGGAUUCCUGGACAGUCACCUCUGCUCUUCUUCUCGCUGUUUUUAUUUCUUCCGCAGCUUUUAGUCAUUUCGACACCGAGUGUUACACUGCCAAUGGAGAGGACUACAGGGGCUUUCAGAACCAGACCAGCCUGCAUGGUGGUAAACCCUGUCUCUUCUGGAAUGAGACCUUCCAGCACCCUUACAACACCCUCAAAUACCCCAAUGGAGAGGGCGGUUUGGGCAGCCACAACUACUGCAGGAAUCCUGAUGGAGACGUUCAGCCGUGGUGCUACAUUGCUGAUCAUGAAGAUGGGACCUACUGGAAAUACUGUGACAUCCCUUCAUGCCAAAUGCCUGGAAACUUGGGCUGCUUCAAAGACAGCGGUGACCCACCCACCCUGUCGGGCACCAGUGAGACCUCCAACAAACUCACCAUCCAGAACUGUAUCAGCUUCUGUAGGAAGCAGAGAUACAAGCUUGCCGGUAUGGAGUCAGGAUAUGCCUGUUUCUGUGGCAACGAAGUGGACCUCCGAGACCACGGCGAGUCUCCUAGCAUGGAGUGUAACCACGUUUGCUUCGGCGACCACACACAGCCCUGCGGUGGAGACGGCUGGGUCAUCAUCUUCGACACCCGAGUAGGGGCCUGUGGUGGGAACUACACCUCUCCUUCAGGAGUGAUCUACUCCCCUGACUUCCCUGACAAGUACGGCGCUGGCCGUGUCUGCUACUGGACUAUCCAGGUCCCCGGAUCCUCCGCCAUCCUCUUCAACUUCACCUUCUUCGACAUUUCUGAUCAGACAGACAUGGUGGAGCUACUGGAUGGUUAUACCAACCAAGUGGUGGCACGCUUUGACUGGCGCAGCCCACCACGGGAGCUUGUGAACGUCACAAGCGACUUUGUCAUACUCUACUUCUACUCAGACCGUACCAACCAGGCCCAGGGAUUUGCUCUGCUUUACCAAGCGCUGAGAAGCCAAGACCCCAGAACAAUGGGGGCUGAUGGAGAUGAUGAGGAUGAAGGAGAGGACGUCUCCAGCACGGCGGGUCCCCAGCUGGCCGGCGGCGUCACGGAGAGGUCCAACAGCACCUCCAACGGACGUUCCUCCCAGAUCCUUUACGUGAUCACGUCCAGCCCCGGUAAACCGGAGCACAACAUGCCAGGUCAGUGGGCUGGACGCGGCGAGACCACCGGCCACAGCGCUAUGUGGACCAUCUACGCUCUGGCUGCUCUCCUCAUACUGACUGUCAUAGCCAUGGUAGCAAAGCUGCUGCUGCACAUCACAGUCAAGUCCCCCAACAUCCCAACGGUCAGCGGUUCAGACAGCUGCAGCCAGAGCACGGCGUCUUCUGAGCCCUGGAUCAUCCUGUACCGGCCCUCCACCAUCUCCCUCUUCAAGAAGAAGCUAAAGAACCACCAUGGCGACCUCAGCCCCCUGGUGGGCAACUAGCACCACUGCUGCUCUCCACCUUGAACCAAACGCUACCACCACCCACAACUAUUCUGUACAAGGGCCAUCAGAUGCCAGGCCCUCAGACAAUGAGACUCUAUGAGGCGCUAAGCUAACAAGCCAACAACUGAGUGGCUAACUGACUGUGUGACUGCUACUAAAUGGCCCGUGGGCCGAAGAGGCUGGGCCCUCCCAACCUGCUCAGUGCCAAAGAGGAGGGGGGCAGGCAGGGCUGUCAGUGACCACGGUGUGGGAGAGGAGAGCAGAGGAUUGGACAGAGGAAAAUCUGCAGCUCUGACAAAGAUACAAGGACGCUUUUAACAUGCGGGAAGUUUCUCCUGUUCAGCGAGGCUCCAUUCACCCACGGAUGUCCCUAACAAUCAACUUACCUCCAAACACCCUUCCAGACUGCAGGCGCAGAGAAACGGCUAACUUAACUGUCUGUGUUCAGUUUAGGAGACAGGGAGGUUUACCUCUUCCGGAUGCUUCAGAGUCCCAGUGGCAAUCGAAUCUUCAGCAAUUUCAAGGAGAGAUUGAAGAAAUGGAGUCUUUGAUAUACAUACACAUACGCUGUAACACUCAACAGCUUAACAGUUUUAUAAAACUCUUCCAGCUGCCUCAUAUGGGCAGUGAACACUUGCAGCCAAAAACCAGAAUCCUCCCAUACAAAGAGAUGUGUAUUUAUUUGUCUUUUUGAUUCUGUAUGCAAAGUGCUAAUUUUGAUGAUUUUGAUGUUUUACAUGAAAACUAGCUUUCUGAGAAGAGGCACACAGGAUAUGGAAACGUCACACGGAAGGCAGAUAUCACAGCACUUUGGGGAUGAAUCACUCACCGUAAAAUGAAAAGAUCAGAGAGAAAGAGAGCGUGCUCGCCCACUCGUUCACUCAGUGCUCAUGUGGAUUUGGGUGGAGAGAAGAAGUGGUGUCGUUCGGGGAGGAGGGGGGACAAACUGCCAUUUAUGGAGGCUUGGGAAGAUCUGAGGGCUUUUUCUGCUCGGCUGUGGGUGGGAGUCUUUCCGGUUUGAUGGUGUUCAAGUGCCUUAAGGAUCUCCUCUUCCCUUGUCUCAGAUUCCUCACAUCUGUUUCUUUCACGAAGCAAACUGGGAUCCCUCACAAGAGUCUGCACUUCUUUAAAAUCAGCGUGGAUGUGAAGAGUUUCAUUCUAAAACAGGAUUUCCACCGCUUAAAUGUAAAGUUAAAAAAAAAGGAAAAAAAUGAUACCACAUCUUGUGUGAUUGAAAGCAUUAAAUCUUCGUCUUUUUAACCACAGUACACUCAACUGAACACCUCUCCAGACUGGAUGUUUUACAUUUUUGUUGACUGAUGAUGAUUUGUUUGUUUUGUUUUUAUUUUUCCAAAAUGAACAUAUAGUUUUUGGAAUAGAACUCUUCAUGUAGUAACAAACAAGGCUUUAAAAGAAAAUGUUGUUUCUAAUUCUGUCUAUGCUCUUGUGUGUAGUCUUGGACAUUUACUGAACAUAUUGUUCACAUUACGUUGUCUUUUGAUUACGGGGGAGGGGGGGUGAAUAUUGUUGUAUAUUACGUAAUUCUGUGUUGGAAUGAUGAUAUUUAUGUGCGCUCUUUAAUUCUAUGUCUAGGCAAAGCAUUUGAGAGACCCAUCAAAGUGCUUUUUGUACGUGCUCAUCAACUUAGCUCGAAAGUGGAAUGCAUUUAUUCUUUCCGAGGAUGGCAGUAAAUUGCCUAAAAUCACCAGACGCUGCAGACUCUGAAGAUUUUACUUGUCACCUUCAUUCCAGGCCAAAAGGUUGAGCGCAAACAAUAUACCCAGACAGAAAUAUAACCAAAAGCACUCUUUGGUACUAUGCACAAGCUGACAGCAGGUUUGCAGCUGUGACGGUUUUCUGUGCAUUGCUGUGGCAUUUAAACUACUUGUGAAAGGUCAAAGUCUACCAGUGCGCCAUUGGCAUAGUAAUUGGCCUUUCCUGUCCUGGGACUGGAUGUUAGUGGAUGUUAGCAUGGCCUCCUGCAGAUGAUCACCCCAAAAAUCACUAUCAGGACAAAUGCAGAAGAGGUUCAAACAUCAAUGCACUUAAAUUUACUUCUGCUUACAAGAGGAAAUGGUACUUAUUCACAUUUGCAUUUGGUUUCAGAGAAGAGAAGAAACUGAAAUGUACUUUGUGCAGCAACCUGAGCACUUCAGACACAAGGUUAUAUUUUACACACAAUACAGCAUGAUAGUGACAUUCAAGUCAAAAGAUUUAUAAUUUUCAAGAAUCAGAGUUUGAAGCCCAUAAAAAGAUGAAGAAUCUUUCUUUCCCAAUCAGAAGUUUGUAAAAAAAAAAGAAAGGGACCAUGCUAUAUUCUGCCUGUCUGCUCAAGUGUAACUCAUGUUAAUUAUUGCAAGACAAGAGCACAUGCCCCUGGGUCUGUGAUGUUCAGAGCAGCCCAUGCAUAGAGAGAGCGAGAAAAGGAAGCGUAGAUGUGAGAGCGAUGGGAAAUUAAUGUGUGUCCAAAUCAAACACAAGCUAACGAAAUCUGACAGUUAAAAUCUAACAAGGGCAUAUUUGUUUGGAUAGCCUGGUGAAUUAUGCAAACUCCUAUUUUCUGUCCCAUCUUCCAGUCAAUCGGAAAAUUCCACGCUAUCUUCUGAGCGGUGGAAACAGUUUUUUCCCAAACUGUAGUUGAUGUGAAUGUCCUGUAGUGCUCGAUGACGUGAAACCAUUCACAAGAAGCCCUGUGGGACAUGAUCUGGAGGGGCCAAAACAUUGUUUUCAUGAAAUUGUAAAUAGCAAAAUAGUGAAAUUUUUAAUUUAUACAGUAAAUUAUUGUUAUUUUGUAUGUGAAUGGGAUAUAAUCUAUCUUUUGUAUAAGUGAAGUAUCUUUGUAGUUUUAUUUAAUGUGUCCUGGUUGCAAAAUAAACACUGUAUGCAUGUUUCUUAA